CACUCACUUUCAAAGCCAGCUGAAGGCAAGAGGAAGUGCUAGAGAGAGCCCCCUUCAGUGUGCUUCUGACUUUUAUGGAACUGGCUUGUUAGAAGGCUGAAAGAUGAUGGCAGGAAUGAAAAUCCAGCUUGUAUGCAUGCUACUCCUGGCUUUCAGUUCCUGGAGUCUGUGCUCAGAUUCAGAGGAGGAAAUGAAAGCAUUAGAAGCAGAUUUAUUGACCAGCAUGCAUACAUCAAAGGGUUUUUUUUUUUUUUUUAUUUUAUGUUUCAGAUUAGUAAAGCACAUGUUCCCUCUUGGAAGAUGACUCUGCUAAAUGUUUGCAGUCUUGUAAAUAAUUUGAACAGCCCAGCUGAGGAAACAGGAGAAGUUCAUGAAGAGCAGCUUAUUACAAGAAGGAAACUUCCCAAUGCUUUAGAUGGCUUUAGCUUGGAAGCAAUGUUGACAAUAUACCAGCUCCACAAAAUCUGUCACAGCAGGGCUUUUCAACACUGGGAGUUAAUCCAGGAAGAUAUUCUUGAUACUGGAAAUGACAAAAAUGAAAAGGAAGAAGUCAUAAAGAGAAAAAUUCCUUAUAUUCUCAAACGGCAGCUGUUUGAGAAUAAACCCAGAAGACCCUACAUACUCAAAAGAGAUUCUUACUACUACUGAGAGAAUAAAUCAUGUAUUUACAUGUGAUUGUGAUUCAUCAUACUUUAAAUAUCAAAUUAUAUUUGUGUGAAAAUGUGACAAAACACACUUAUUUGUCUCUUCUACAAUUGUGGUUUAUUGAAUGUGAUUUUUCUGCACUAAUAUAAAUUAGACUAAGUGUUUUCAAAUAAAUCUAAAUCUUCAGCAUGAUGUGUUGUGUAUAAUUGGAGUAGAUAUUAAUUAAGUCACAUGUACAAUGUUUUGUAAUUUUGCAAAACAUAUCUUGAGUUGUUUAAACAGUCAAAAUGUUUGAUAUUUUAUACCAGCUUAUGAGCUCAAAGUCUUACGGCAAAGCCUAGCCUACAUAUCAUUCACCCAAAACAAAGUAAUAGCACCUCUUUUAUUAUUUUGACUGAAUGUUUUAUUGAAUUGAAAGAAACAUACAUUCUUUUCAAGACUUCCUCAUGAAUCUCUCAAUUAUAGGAAAAGUUAUUGUGAUAAAAUAGGAACAGCUGAAAGAUUGAAUAAUGAACUAUUGUUAAUUAUUCCUAUUUUAAUGAAUGACCUUGAACUGAAUUUUUUGUCUGUUAAAUGAACUUGAUAGCUAAUAAAAAGACAACUAGUCAUCAAAA